AUGCGCUCUAGACUCACAAUCCACCAUGCCAGCCUGCUGCUGUGCUCUCUCACCCUCCCCGCUGCUGUCAACGCCAACCGUUCGCAGACGCGCCUCCAUUCCGGCUGGAAAUUCUGGCACUCUCCAACAACCCCAGACGGCAUAACAUACAGCCUCCGACCAGAUAACCAAAACGAGAGCCUAGUCGAGCUGCGCGACUGGAUCCUGCCCAGCGCAAACGCCUUCAUCGCUGAUCCGGCAAAGCACUACAAAAAGCCCGACUCCCCGCCGGAUAUCGACAUCCCAUAUGUCGACAACGACUUCGACGACGCAAAUUGGACAUCCGUUACUGUCCCGCAUGACUGGGCGAUAACAGGCGACUUCGUGAGCACAGAUGAAGUCUCCGGGGGGAUGGGCCGGUUACCAGUUCGCGGAGUUGGAUGGUAUCGGUAUACCGAUCUCUAUUUCCCGCCCUCUGACAAGAACGGAAAUGAUUCGAUCUUUCUAGACGUUGAGGGGAUCAUGUCGUAUUCCAUGGUCUGGCUUAAUGGGCACCUAGUCGGGGGCUGGCCAUAUGGGUAUGCGAGUUAUCGGCUUGAUCUUACCCCGUAUGUGCGCUAUGGCGAGGAGAAUGUCCUUGCGGUCCGCGCGGAGAAUCCCCAGUCAAACCAGUUCUCGCGGUGGUAUCCUGGGGCUGGGAUCUAUCGUGAUGUCUGGAUUACGAAGGUUGCGAAGACGCAUGUUGCGCUGUACGGGACUGAUAUUAGCACGAGGGGUGUCUCGCGAGAUAGGGCUACUGUUGAUCUCACUGUUACGGUGGAUAACGAGAACAAGUGGGAUGCAGAUGUCAGGGUUGUUACUACGCUUCAUGAGUAUGUUUCUGGAAGAGCUGGGCAUAGGGUUGCAACAUUCCCUAAUGAGACGCUCCAUCUGAGCCCUGGACAGUCGUCGUCCAUCAACAGCUCAGUCACGAUCAAGAACCCCUCCCUCUGGGGUCCUCCACCAACCCAGAAACCGAACAUGUACAUCGCCAUCACCCAGCUAUACACCAAGAACCAACUGCUUGACCACUACUCAACCCCCUUCGGCAUCCGCACGCUCGCAUUCUCCCCCAGCCACGGCCUGCUAGUCAACAACGAACGAAUCCCCAUCCAAGGCGUCAACCAACACCACGAUCUCGGCGCCCUAGGAGCAGCAUACAACCACCGCGCCGCCACCCGCCAGCUCGAGAUCCUGCACGACCUCGGCGCAAACGCAAUCCGCACAGCGCACAACCCCCCAGCACCCUCCCUCCUGCACCUCGCCGACGAAACGGGCUUCCUAGUCCUCGACGAGAUCUUCGACGUGUGGGAAGAGCCAAAACUCGACUCAGACUUCCACCUCAUCUUCACCGACUGGGCCGAAGCAGACCUGCGCUCCUUCAUCCGUCGAGACAGAAACCACCCCUCCAUCAUCAUCUGGAGCGUCGGCAACGAAGUCCCCGAACAAAUCGACAACCAAACCGCCGCUGGCAAAACCAUGGCCUCGCUGCACUCCAUCACCCACCAGGAAGACCGAACCAGCAACCCCCCUCGCCCCGUAACAGCCUCCCUCAACCGCCCCGUCUCAAACAGCACCAUGGCCGCAUCCAUGGACGCCAUAAGCCUAAACUACCAAGGCGAAGGCGUCCGCUGGGGUCCCGCAUACGCCCAUCUCACCGGAACCCGCACACCCCCACAAUACAACACCUUCCACAGCGACCACCCACGCGCCGCCCCAAUCCUAGGCUCCGAAAUCGCCUGGUCCCUCAGUUCCCGCGGAUCCUUCUUCUUCCCCGUCUCGCCAUACAUCUCAGCACCUGUAAACGACACCAACGGCGGCGGGAACUCCUCCGCUUUCGAGAUCAGUGCGUAUGAAGUCUACUCCUCAGACGCGGGCAGCACUCCAGACCGCGUCUUCCUCACGCAGGACGAGCACCCCUUUGUCGCGGGUGGGUUUGUCUGGGCAGGGUUCGAUUACCUGGGUGAGCCGUACCCCUAUGAUGAAGCGCGGAGCGCGUAUUCCGGGAUUGUGGACCUGGCGGGGUUUAGGAAGGAGAGGUUUUGGGUUUACCAGGCUAGGUGGAGGCCGGAGCUGCGGAUGGCGAAGAUUGUGCCGCGUUGGAAUUGGGAAGAUAGGGUUGGGGAGGUGACUCCUGUGCAUGUGUUUUCGAGUGGGGAUGAGGCGGUUUUAUACAUCAAUGGAGCGAAGCAGGGACUAAGGAAGAAAAGGGGGGAGGGGGAGUAUCGGUUUCGGUGGGAUGAGGUUGUGUAUGAGCCCGGGGAGGUGCGGGUUGUUGUGUUUAAAGAUGGGGAGGUCUGGGCGGAGGAUGUGGUUGUUACGACGGGGGAGCCGGCUGCAUUGAGGCUUUCGGUUGAUCGGAGUGUUAUUGCUGCUGAUGGAGAGGAUUUGGCGUUUGUGACGGUGGAAGUUGUGGAUAGUGAGGGCAAUGUUGUUCCUACUGCGGAUGAUGAGGUGCAGUUUAGUGUUGCCGGUGCUGGGGUUGUUGUUGCUACUGAUAAUGGGUUUCCGGCGGACUUGACGAGCUUUGCUUCUAGUAGCAGGAAGGCCUUCCAUGGGUUGGCUCUUGCUAUUGUACGGGCGGAAGAGGGUGUGUCUGGGGAUUUUGCAGUUGAGGCUAGGAGCGGUGGUCUUAGGGCUGCGGAGAUUACCAUCACAGCACAUUGA